AUGGCCACUCGCAAGGCCGCCGACCACACACUCUAUCAUCUCAGCCCGAAGGGUUUCUGGAAGAAAUUUAGGGAUGCCGUCGUCGUCAAUCCUGAGAUUUCCAGCGGCAUACCUGUCGUCAGUCUGAACCGCUACCCCCAGCCAGGCUCUCGUCCAGAGGAGUAUUCCACCCCUGCCACCAAAGCUUCCGAUCCGGCGCAGAAUCCGUACUGGAAACGCGACGUGCGGCGCGCAUACCCCCGGCUCUCUGUCGUCACUCAGACUGAACUCUCCUCGCUGCUCAUCCAGCAUUCCGAGGCCCAGCAAGCUGUCACCGCGCCAGCUGAAGGUGAGCAGGCGGACAAGACGUCAGUUCCUGUGACAACCCCAGAGCCCGUCGACCUCACUGUGGCGAUCGCGACCAUUAUAUCCGCGCGCAAGGCAUACUCUGAAUCUAAGCUUCCGCCCAAGUUGCCCACUGCGUUCAAGCGCUGGACGCCCGUGCGUACGCAAGAUGCACCUCACGAUUCCAACGCAUACUUUCCCAUGCUACUCUACAAGUAG